UUUUUGUUAACCACGUACAUGUAUACUCAUGUUUUUAUAUUCCGAGCUCCACGAGGGUAUAAAAGCUUUCGCUCGUUCGCCCACUCCUCUAGUCUCGUGUCGCAUCCGUUUUGCUCAACUCUACACGCUCCACAAACCACUUCAAUAUGAGAGUGUCGAUUUUAUUGGUGGCUUCAGCGAUGUUGGUAUCGAUGGUUUGGUCUUUGCCUCAGAAGGCUGGACAAGAAUUCACCAACGAGGCGAUAAGACAAGCGCAAAAUACGUAUCUGAUCCCGAAGGACGCGACGAUCCAGAAGGUUCAAGAAGGCAUCGAGUUGGCGGCUUACGAAUCGAUUCCUGGGGACGAGAAGAUCAACCUCUUCGAGAUUUUGGGUGACCAAGUACCGCCCGAGGUAGUGAGCAACCUCCAGGGCCAGAUCGACCAAAUCGGGCGCAGUUAAGGACUCGUUUAUCUCGAUAAAAGCUGCGUUAGAGGACCGUCGUGAAAGAAAAAGGCGAAAUAACGGAUUAUUUCAGUCUGAAAAAAAUACUGUACAGCGAAUGACGUUAACCGGAGUUUAGACUGUAGAUUUUUAUACAAAAUACAUUUUUUUUUUUAACAUAAAAA